AGAGAGAGGGAGGGAGGGAGGGAGAGCACUUUACCACUUUUAUAUGUUGCACGCAUCCAUAGCAGAAAACACAAGGAAGACAGAGUACUCCACACAGACAAGGGGAAGAAGGACAGAAAGAUGGAAAGAAACCCCAUUUAAAAGAUUUUUACUUAGCACAAGAACAACAAAAAAAAUAGGUCUGUGAGUUAUGUCAUAGAAAAUAGAGCCCAAUAUUUAGAGUGAGAAGGGGGAAAAAAAGGAGGGAAAGAAAGGAGGCAGAAAACAUGAACAGGGAUGAGAUUGGAAGAGAUGAGGCUCUUGUGUGUGCUGGAAUGGGUCUGUUGAAGAACCCUGCAUGCAUUUGACAAGUGUUUCUUGUGUCAGACAGAAAUUUUGAUUUCAAAUCAAAGCCCAGAUCUUAUUUUCUGUUUCCCCCACCACCAUUUCGGAGUUUUCCGCUGAAGAGACUGUAUUUUCUCGAGAAAAAAUCUGGAAAGGUUUCGUCUUGUUCGUUUUCUGGGUUUGAAGAGGAGGAGGAGGUGGAGUUCUAGUUCUUGUUUAUCUUGUUGAGGGUUAAGAUUUAGAUGAAGGCUGUGCCCCUACCCUUUGAGGAAUUUCGAGGGAAAGGGGUUCUGGAUUUUGGUUCUGCUGCUCCAGAUUCGUUCUUGAAGUGGAAUCAUAAUCACCAUCAUCAUCACGACAAUAUUCUUCAAGAGCAUUGCUAUGUGGGCACUGAGCCCAUCUCUGUUUUGAACGUCAGAAGAAACCCAAGCCCUCCGACUUCCUCCUCCACACUGUCUUCCUCACACGGCGGUGGCGGCAGCUGCAGCGGCGCCACCGGCUCCACUGACAGUUCCACGGGCGCAGCGAAGGUUUCCGGCGACAAGCCACAUCCUCAGACGGCGUUAGACGCCGCUCUGCCGGCGGGGCUGGAAAGAUGUGGGAUAGGAAUGGAGGACUGGGAGAGCGUCUUGUCUGAGUCGCCUGGUCAAGAUCAGUCCAUCCUGAGGAUGAUUAUGGGUGACAUUGAAGACCCAUCUGUGGGAUUGAGCAAGCUUUUGCAGGGUGGGACUGGUUCUCACCAAGAUGUUGUCGAUUUCAAUGGCGGAGGAGGAGGCGGUUUCGGUGUUGUGGAUCAAAGCUCUGUUCUUGACCAUUUUUCUGGUGUUAAUCUCGCAAGCAGCAUUGACGCUUCUGGGAAUUGUUCUGAUUUUCCUUUUAAUACCAUCCACAACGUUAGCUUCAAUAAUAAUAUGGCGAGAGUUGGUUCAUCUGUGAACCAAAACCCCAUUUUCCCUUCGUCACCAACUUCGCUUCCUCCGGGAAUGUUUCAGCCUCAGCAACACCAGCAAGCUAUGGAGUCUCUGGACGAGAAGCCACAAAUCCUCAAUCCUCAGUUCAUUGUUAACCCAAAUCAAGCUCAGUUUAUGCAGAAUUCGUCGUUCGUUAUGCCCUUGUCAUAUGAACAUCAGCUUCUUCCUCAGCCUCCGGCAAAACGGCCUAAUUGCGGUCCUAUCAGACCAAAUUACCAGGUUCUGAAGCCGCCAUUUCUAGAUCCUGGACAGGAGAUAUAUCUCCGGCGGGGGCAGCAACCGCCGCCGCUUCAGUUGCUUCCUCAUUAUCAUCAUCAUCAUCAUCUGCAGCAGCAACGGCAGGCAUCUCCGGUGGCGGCGAUGGCUCCGAAGCAGAGAAUGGCGAGCCCUGGCGAAGAAUUGGUGACCCACCAGCUUCAGCAGAGUGUUAUGGACAAGCUGUUCAAGGCCACAGAGAUGAUCGAAACCGGUAAUCCGGAACUCGCGCAAGGGAUAUUGGCGCGGCUCAAUCACCAACUUUCUCCAACUGGGAAGCCUUUUCAAAGGGCUGCUUUUUACAUGAAGGAGGCCUUGCAAUCGCUUCUUUUCCAUUUGGACAAUUCCAACAGCGACAAUUCUUUGACCUUCUCUCCUAGUGGCCUUGUCCUCAAGAUUGGAGCUUGCAAAUCGUUCUCAGAAAUCUCACCAGUUCUCCAGUUCUCCAAUUUCACUUGUAACCAAGCACUUCUUGAAGCUGUUGAAGGGUUUGAUAGAAUCCAUGUAGUGGAUUUUGACAUUGGGGUUGGUGGACAGUGGGCUUCUUUCAUGCAAGAGCUAGCUCUCAGAAAUGGUGGUUCCCCUUCUCUGAAAAUCACUGCCUUUGUUUCACCCUCUAAUCACGACAACUUCGAGCUUGGUUUCACUCAAGAGAUUCUGAAACAAUAUGCUUCUGAUCUUAGCAUUCCCUUCGAACUUGAGAUUUUAGGACUCGAGUUAUUGAACACUGCUUCCUGGCCACAACCACUUCGAGAUUGUGAAGCCAUUGCUGUAAGCUUGCCCAUUGCUUCCUUCUCACAUUGCCCAUCAUAUCUCCCUCUGGUCCUCCGUUUUCUGAAGCAGCUCAUGCCGAAAAUUGUUGUCACUGUGGAUAGACCUUGUGAUCGAACUGAUGCACCGUUUGCUCAACACUUGAUUUACGCGCUUCAAUCUUAUUCAGUGCUUCUUGAGUCACUUGAUGCUGUUAAUAUGAACCUUGAUGUCCUUCAGAUGAUUGAGAAGUACCUUAUUCAACCAGCAAUGGAGAAGCUAGUCCUGGGUCGGCACAGGUUGCAAUUGCGAGAAAGAACACCACAAUGGAAAACCCUGCUACUAACAUCUGGGUUUUCACCGUUGGCACUGAGUAACUUCACAGAAUCUCAAGCGGAGUGUUUGGUUCAGAGGAAUCCUGGAAGGGGAUUUCACGUGGAGAAGAAGCAGUCUUCUCUUGUUCUUUACUGGCAGAGGAAGGAACUAAUUUCAGUUUCAACAUGGGGUUGCUAAGCAGAGGCAAUUCAAUCGUUGGAGCAAAGUACUACCCAAUUAAUGUUUAAAAAUUGAAAAAGGUGCUCGAGAACUUACUGCUUCUGUUGAUCUUUUUUGUCUUUGAAUUUGUCUACUAUGGUUCAAUGCUAAUUGUCUAUGUGUUCUAGGCUUAUCAUUUCCAUUGAGGGAAGUAAACAUUUCAAUCAGCAACUGGAUGUCAUUUUAUGAGCUAUCUUUAUGUUUUAGACUUCUUGUACUCUUACUUUCAAUAUGGCCAUUAUUCUGUUCAUGCA